AUGCGCAUCCCGUACGCACCCAAGGAGCCAGCAGCUGAUGCGCCGGAGUCGACAAAAGCUGUUUACGAGCGCAUUACCGAACGCAGAAAGCCACGUCCUCUUCUGCCACUAGACCUGGCCCUGCUGCACAACACUGCCAUCGCCGACGGCUGGAACAGUCUUCUUGGAGCAGUACGAUCAAAGACAUCACUCAACCCUGGCUUGAUGGAGAUGGCUGUGUGCCGUAUUGCGGUACUCAACAAAGCGACAUUCGAGUGGAACGCGCAUUCUCCAUUGGCGCUCAAGGGAGGCCUGCCGCGAGCCUCGCUGGAUCUGGUCCGAACUGCAGCAGUGUUUCCUGUAGGCGGCAGGGAAAAGACCAAGGAAGAGCAAGAGACAUUCAGCGAAGAGGAAUGGGCAGUGCUGUGUUACACGGACCAAAGCACCAAGAACGUCGAGGUGGAAGACCAUGUGUUUGAUGGGCUCAGAAAGCUCUUGGGCGACACAGGAGUCAUGGAGAUGACGGCAACGGUAGCGACAUACAACAUGGUCAGCAGAUUCCUUGUAGCCAUGAACGUGGGAGAGAAGAAUGGCACCGAGAUUGUGAUGCCUGAGCAAUAG